AUGCAAUGCUUUCUUUCGUUUCUCUAUCUCGGUCUCAGAGUUGAUACUUUGGAGCCCUUCAAGCUUCUCUCUCUGUUCAAGACUGGAGAUGUCCUGUAUGUCCCAAUUCAUGCAAUAUUUGGUGUCUGUUUAGCUUCUCUCUCUGUUCAAGACUGGAGAUGUCCUGUAUGUCCUUUAGCAUCAAAAUCUUCACCAUGGCAGAUGAAAACUUUAGCAGUGAUGAUAGCAUAUAUGAUAUAUGAUCUUGUUACUAUAUGUGGAUCAGAGAUGGUUGCCGCUUUGUGGAUAACUGAGAUCUCUAGCCCUUUUCUACAUAUGAGAGAGCUUCUGAAAGAGAUAGGUUAUCAUGAUACUGAUCUCAAUUUAGCAGUUGAUGUUCUAUUUGCCUUCAUAUUCUCAUUUGCAAGGAUGAUUGGUGGUCCAUAUCUCACAUAUGUUACUUUGACUGCAGAUAAUCCUAUGCUUAUUAAGGUACGACUCUAA